UUUUUUUAUCUAUAUUUUCUUAGUGUGUCUUAGCAUAUGAUGUUUCGAUUCAUUUUGUUUUUUUUUUUAUCAUGUUUUAGGAGAUUAUUUUGUCUACAUAUUGUAAUUAAAUGUUUUAUUGUUGUUAACUAUUAUUUCUUUGAAGUUUUGUUGAUUGUAGUCUAAAGUAGAGCUAAGUAAUUCUGUGUAAAUGUGUAAUUGUCCAAGACAGAAAGUAACCUUUUUGUGGUUUGCUUGUUGCAGCCAGAAGGAAUCUAUAGCUGAACUGAAAACACAGCUAGAUGAAGAGCGUGACCAAAGAAUAGAAGAGCGAGAAAAGGCUGUUGCAGAUCUGAAAGCUUCAAUACAAAGGGUUCAGUCCGAGGCUGAAGAAGAAUUAAAACGAACAUCAGAUGCUGCUUCGAGGCGAGAAAGAGAACAACAAGAAGUUAUCGGUAAACUUCAGGAAUCAGAAAGAGAGAGUUCAUCACUGGUUGAGAAUCUGAGAUCCAAAUUGGAAGACACUAGACAGAAAUUGGUCUUCUCUGACAACAGAGUUUGCCAGCUUGAGGCUCAAGUGUUAGUCGAACAACAGUCUUCUGCUGUCAAAACAUCACGAAUGGAAGAACUUGAAAGUGAAACGAGAAGAAUGAGGAAAGAUCUUGACAAAGAAAAGAAGGCAUCUAUAGCUGAGUUGAAGACGCAGCUGGAUGAAGAGCGUGACCAAAGAAGAGAAGAGCGAGAAAAGGCUGUUGCAGAUCUGAAAGCUUAUAUACAAAGGGUUUAG